AUGUCUUCGUUUUUGCAGUCCCAUUUUAACAGCUCGGCCAUUCCGACUAUACGGUCAACGAGAACGUUUCGUCGGAAUCCAGAUUUGAGUCCUACAAAGUUUCAACAGGACCAGCAGCAGGACCAGCAGCAGCAACAACAACAAGCAUAUUAUCAGCAAGAACUACAUUCAGCAUCAUCAAUACCCGGACAAAGGCAAGUUUCUUCGCACAAAGAGAUCAGACAGUAUGCGGAGCAGACACUUGGAUCCGGAUCAGCACUAGCUCAAGCAGUCAAAUUGCCUAAAGGUGAAGACGUCAACGAAUGGCUUGCAGUUCAUGUAGUGAACUUUUACAAUCAGCUCAACAUGCUUUAUGGAACAGUAACUGAAUUUUGCUCCCCUUCCACGUGUCCUCGAAUGAUUGCUACACAAGAAUAUGAGUACCUUUGGCAGGAUCCUAUGAAUAGACGGAAGCCUCCGGUGUCUAUGUCUGCACCAGGGUAUGUUGAGGCCUUAAUGACAUGGAUUCAAGGAUUUCUCGAUGACGAUUCAGUCUUCCCUACCAAAAUGGGAGUGCCGUUCCCCAGACAGUUUCCCGCUCUAGUGAGGACCAUCAUGAAGAGACUCUUCAGAGUUUAUGCUCACAUGUACUGCCAUCAUUUUGAUGAGAUCAAUGAACUGGGGCUUCAGACCCAUCUUAAUACCUCUUUGAAGCAUUUCGUCUUGUUUUGCCGAGAAUUUCAAUUAUUAUCUCCUAAGGAUUACGGUCCAAUGGAUGAAUUGGUGUCAAGAAUGCUUGAUGAUGAUGGCAAGUCCAAAUGA